AUGGAGAUUGCGGCAAAGAGUAACUCGAAACGCAUGUAUUCAUGGUGGUGGGAUAGUCACAAUACCCCUAAAAACUCUAAAUGGCUUCAGGAGAAUCUUGCAGAUAUGGAUAGCAAUGUGAAGAAAAUGAUCAAGGUUCUUGAAGAAGAUGCAGAUUCAUUUGCUAGGCGAGCAGAGAUGUAUUACCGUAAACGUCCUGAACUCUUACAAUUGGUUGAAGAGUUCUAUCGUGCAUAUCGCGCAUUAGCCGAAAGAUAUAAUCAUGCAACCGGUGUAAUCCAUAAGGCUCAUCAGACUAUAUCAGAAGCGUUCCCAAGCCAAGUUCCCUUGAUAUUUGGUGAUGAAUCGCAUGAUGGUGCUUCAACAAAUGAUGUUGAUCCACAAACACCAGAUAUGCCUCCUCCUAUCCGAGCUCGGUUUGACCCAGAUACCGUAUCCGUAAAGAGGAAUAUAGAUUUUAGUGAAGAACCUCCGUUUGUGAGUAAUGGAAAAGCAAGAAAGGGACUGAAUUUUAAUGAUGGAGAUGGAAAAAGAAGAGAUGAUCUCAAGACCCAAUUUCUUUCAGAAUCUGAACGAGCUAGUAAAGCUGAGGCUGAAGUUGUGGCAUUAAAAGAUUCCCUUUCUAAAAUGCAGGCUGAAAAAGAAGCUAGCCUAGCUCAGUUUGAGAAGAAUUUGGAGAGACUGUCAAAUCUAGAAUCCGUAGUAUCUCGUGCACAAGAGAACUCAAGGGGACUUGAUGACAGAGCCGCAUGUGCAGAAGCUGAGGUCCAAACACUCAGAGAAACUCUCGAGAAACUAGAGUCGGAAAAGGAAUCCAGCCUUCUUCGGUAUCAGCAGUGCCUGCAAAAGAUAGCUGAUUUGGAAGACGGAAUCUCUGUAGCCCAUAAGGAUGCUGGAGAAAUAAAUGUGCGAGCCAGCAAAGCCGUAGCUGAAACUCUCGCCUUGAAGGAGAGCCUUGCUAAAGCUGAAACUGACAAGGAAGCUGCUCUUGUCCAAUACAAGCAAUGCUUGAAAACAAUAUCUAACCUAGAAGAGAGACUGAGGAAGGCUGAGGAAGAUGCGAGGCUUAUCAAUGAGCGGGCUGAGAAGGCUGGAGUAGAAGUUGAAAACUUGAAGCAAACAAUCUCGAAAUUGACUGAUGAUAAGGAAGCUUCUGUGCUUCAGUACCAACAGUGCCUGAACAUAAUUGCGGAUCUAAAACUCAAACUAUACCAUGCUCAAGAAGAAACCCAAAGGCUUAACAGUGAAUUAGAGGAUGAAGUUGCUAAGUUAAAGUUUUCUGAGGAGAAAUGCCUUGUGCUUGAGAGAUCUAAUCAGAAUCUUCACUCUGAGCUGGAUGGUCUCUUGGAGAAACUGGGAGAUCAAAGUCACAAGCUCACGGUGAAGCAAUCAGAGCUAGUCAAAUUGUGGAGUUGUGUACAAGAAGAGCAUUUGCGUUUCCAGGAAGCUGAGACCGCGUUUCAAACCCUACAGCAAUUGCACUCUCAGUCUCAAGAGGAGCUAAAUAACUUGGCUGUGGAACUCCAAACCAGGUCCCAAAUCAUGAAAGACAUGGAGAUCCGAAACAAUGAGUUGCAUGAGGAAAUUCAGCAAGCAAAGGUUGAGAACAAAGGUCUUAAUGAGCUCAAUCUCACUUCGGGAGCAUCAAUAAAAAGUUUGCAAGAGGAUGUCUCAAGCUUAAAGGAAACAAUACAAAAACUUGAAACAGAGGUCAAACUAAGAGUGGACCAGAGAAAUGCUUUGCAGCAAGAAAUAUACGGUCUUAAAGAGGAAUUAAGUCAUGUAGAGAAGAAACACGAGUUGGUUGGGUCAUCAGCCAGAGAGUUGCAGGAGGAAAACUCAACCCUAAAAGAAUGCAAUGAGAUAGAAAAAAGCGAAAAGAUGGCUCUUCUUGAGAAGCUGGAAACUAUGGAAAAACUUGUUCAGAAAAACCUUUUGUUGGAAAACUCAAUAUCAGAAUUGAAUUUUGAGUUGAAAGCAAUCAAAGGAAAGCUGAAUAUGUUGAAGGAAGCCUGUCAGUCACUCGCAGAAGAGAAAUCAGGUCUAAUUUCUGAAAACCAACACACUGCAAUUGAGAACAUCGUCCUUGUUGAAUUUCUUCGACAACUUAACGCAGAUGCAGUCGGUAUUGCAACAGAAAAGAAGAACCUUGAGGGUAAGGCAAGGAAGACUGGUGGUAAGUUAAUAGAUGCAGAAACUGAGAAUUUCCAGUUGAAGAGAAACCUGAUUUCUAUCAGAUCAGCCAAAGAUGAUUUAGAAGAUGAAAUUGCUAAUAUGAAGGAUCAGUUACGCGAGAAGGAGAAGAAACUUGAAGAAAUCAAAGUGGAGAAAGAAAAGCUGAAUCACGAGGUUUUUAAAGAGAGAAGUGAGGCUGAACUGUGGGAGUCUCAAGCUGCAACAUUCUUCUGCGAUAAACAGAUCUCUGCUGUACAUGAAACAUUGAUUGAAGCGACGAAUCUUAAGCUAGCUGAAGCCUGCAAGAAUCUUGAAAGUAGGAGCGCAUCGAAAGACAUGGAUAUUGAAAAGCUUAAAAGAAGCCAAGCUAUUGUUUUGUUGAAUGAAAGCAUUAAAUCUUUGGAGGACUAUGUUUACGUGCGACGUGAAAUUGACGAUGGACUUUCCAAUGGUGAUGAUGAAUUCCUCGAGUUGGAAGAUAUGUGUUUGAGAAUCAAAGCUAUUGCAGAGGCAGUAAUGGAAAAGGAAAGGUUUUUGGUGCUUGAGAACACGAAUGCCUACACUAUGCUCGAGGCAGCAUUGAAACAAGUCAAAGACUUAAAAACCGGAGGAGGAAGAAGCAUGAGGAAGCCGCAAGAAGGAGGAAGUGGCAGAACGCGGAAGCAGAGUCACGAAAUCGAGAUGGUAAUGAAAGAUAUUGUGCUUGACCAAACGUCUGAUGGAUCAUCAUAUGAGAUAGUAAGUAAGAGAGGUAAUUUGGAGUUAGAUUGUCACAGUUUCGUUGAGCUAAAGCCGGUGAAGACUCGCAAGACAGAAACUGCGGUUAAAGCGAAAGGUAAAUCCUUGUCUGAAGAGUCAUUGAUCGUCGAUAAAUUAGAGAUUUUCGAUGGAUGCAUGGAUCCAAACGUAGAAGUAAACAAGAGGAAAGUUCUCGAAAGACUUGAUUCGGAUUUACGGAAGCUGGAGAAUCUUCAGAUCACAGUAGAAGAUUUGAAAAACAAAGUCGAAAUAGAGGAGAAAGACAAGACGAAAGUAGGAGACGAAUACGAAACGAUCAGAGGACAGCUCGAAGAAGCAGAGGAAGCAAUAGAGAAACUGUUUAACGUUAAUCGAAAGCUGACCACAAAAGCAGAGUCAGAGAAGGAGAGUAAUCGAAGAAGGCGAAUAUCGGAACACGCGAGAAGAGGAUCAGAGAAGAUUGGGAGAUUACAGUUGGAGAUACAGAGGAUACAGUUUCUGUUGAUGAAACUUGAAGGAGAGAAAGAGAAUCGAGCUAGGUCGAAGAUUUCGGAUUCCAAAUCGAAAGUUCUUCUUCGGGAUUAUAUCUAUGGUGGAUCGAGAAGCGUAACGAUGAAGAAAGCGACGAAGAAAAGGUCGGCGUUUUGCGGUUGCGUUCAGCAGCUGCGGUCUCCUUGA